AUGUCGGCGGUGGAGGAGAGAGAGCCGGCGCCCGCGGCUUCUUCGGCGGCGGCCGGAGCCCAGGAACUCAACAACCCCCCGGAGCUGGAGGAAGGUCCGAGCUCCAAGAAGCGGGGGGUCCGGCUGGAGGCUGGAUUUGCUCAAGGCUUGUCUGAGACAGACGAGGGCACCUGCACCAUGGAGAAACCGUGGAAAUGUGGGGAGUGUGGGAAUGGUUUCCCUUCGCCAUCUGUGCUGGAGAUUCAUCGAAGUUUGCACACCGGGCAGCGGCUGUUCACCAGCAUUCAGUGCAGGAAAGGCUUCACUCAGUUACACCUCCUCCUGGCCCACCAGUGGGUCCACACCAGCAAGAACCCGUUCAUCUGCCCCGUGUGUGGGCAGGGCUUCACUCAGUCACACCACCUGCUGCCGCACCAGCGGAUGCACACCAGGGAGAAACCGUUUUCCUGCUCCGUGUGCGGGAAGGGCUACACCCAGUCGUAUCACCUGCUGCUCAGCUUCCACGUCCACACUGAGGAGAAGCCGUUCACCUGUCCCGUGUGGAGCAAUGACUUCUGCGAUUCCUCCACCCUGCGCAAACACCAGCGCAUCCACACCAAGGAGCGGCCGUUCACCUGUCCAGUGUGUGGGAAAGGCUUCACCCAGUCGUGCAACUUGUGGAGACACCAGCAACUUCACAAGUGA